AUGCUGUUUCAUCAGGUAUCGACCCUCUGGCGGUCGCCAACGCUCAACCCGGUCAACCUCAAGGCCCGCAGCGUGCCGAUUCUCAACCCCAUCGACCGACAUGGCCGGGUGUUUUUCUUUUCGUGGCUCGGCUUCAUGCUCGCCUUUUGGGCGUGGUAUGCCUUUCCGCCGCUGCUCUCGGUCACAAUCAAAGAAGACCUACACCUGACCCCCGCCCAAGUAGCCAACUCCAACAUCGUCUCCCUCGUAGCCACCCUAGCCGUCCGGUUUCUCGCCGGCCCCCUCUGCGACCAAUUCGGCCCCCGCCGCGUCUUCGGCAUGAUUUUGCUGGUCGGCAGCCUGCCCAUCGGCCUCGCACCGCUAGUCAAGGACGCCACGGGCCUGUACAUCAGCCGGCUGUUCAUCGGUAUUUUGGGCGGUUCGUUCGUGCCGUGCCAGGUGUGGUGCACGGGUUGGUUUGACCGGAAUGUGGUCGGCACGGCGAAUGCGUUGUCCGGGGGCUGGGGGAAUGCGGGAGGGGGGAUCACGUAUUUUAUUAUGCCCGCUGUGUUUGACUCGCUGGUGUCGAAGCAGGGGUUGUCGCAUGAUAAGGCGUGGCGGGUGACGUUUGUGGUGCCGUUGAUUUGUUUGUUGGCUUGUGGGCUGGGAUUGUUGGUGUUGUGUGAGGAUACGCCGACGGGGUCGUGGAACGACCGCUUCAACCACGCCACCAACACCGACAACACCGACAUCAUCGUCGGCAUCCCCGGCACCCUCACCGACCGCAACCCAUCCACCUCCGGCACCAGCACCCCGAGCGACACCAAGAAACCCACCGACCCCGAGAAAGCCGCCCUCGACACCCCCUCCAGCAAACCCUCCCCCCCAGCCACCAUCAUCGAUGUUACUACUACUCCCGAAAUCACCACCGAAAUCGUCCAAGCUCCCUCUCUCAAGGGCACCCUCGCCCUCCUCUUCACCCCGCACGCCCUCUUCCACAUCGCCACCUACUCCUGCAGUUUCGGCGGCGAACUCGCCAUCAACUCCGUCCUGGCCGCCUACUACCUGGCCAAUUUCCCUUCUCUCGGCCAGACCGCAGCAGCCAACUACGCCGCUAUCUUUGGGUUUCUCAACUUCAUCGCGCGCCCGCUGGGUGGGGUCGUGGCUGAUGUGUUGUACCGCGUGUCAGGGGGAAAUCUGUGGUGGAAAAAAGGGUGGGUGCAUCUCUGUGGGUUGGUCACGGGGGUGUUGCUUGUGGUUAUCGGGGUGGUGAAUCCGAAAGAGCUGGGGGAGAUGGUUGGGUUGGUGACGGUGAUGGCGUUUUUCUUGGAGGCUGGGAAUGGAGCGAACUUUGCGUUGGUGCCGCAUGUGUAUCCGCAGUCGAAUGGGAUUUUGUCGGGGAUGACGGGGGCUGGGGGGAAUUUGGGGGGCGUGGUGUUUGCUAUAAUAUUUCGGUUUAUGGAUGGGGGGGUGAAUUAUGCGAAGGGGUUUUGGGUCGUGGGGGUUAUUCAUAUUGCGCUGAACUUGGCGGUUUGCUGGGUGCCGCCUAUUCCCAAGGGGCAGGUGGGCGGGAGGUGA